AUUUUCAGGUCCCUGGGCAAUAGGCGAAUUCAUAUCCCUUUCUCUCACCUGAAGCUUCGCUCAUCGAGAAAACAGACCUGCAAAUGAAAAGAAAAUCAUUUACCAGCAAACAACAAAAACCAUCAAAUUUCUUCUUUGCAAAAGUCGAUCGAACAAAUUGAUGUCUUCCAUCUCCAAACUGACCUAACUUACCUUCAAAUUGCAAACCCUAUUCUUCUUAUUCUUCUUCUUCCCUAACCCCAAAUGUUCUCACACAGACACAAGAGCCCUCUGGUCUCUCCCUCCAGCUCGCGCUUCGUCACGGAGACCGUCAACGGCUCCCAUAACUUCGUCAUCAAAGGCUAUUCGUUGGCCAAAGGAAUUGGCGUCGGCAAACACAUUGCCAGUGAGACUUUCACCGUCGGAGGCUUCCAAUGGGCCAUCUAUUUCUACCCAGAUGGGAAGAACCCGGAGGAUAACUCCGCCUAUGUCUCCGUCUUCAUUGCUCUAGCUAGCGAAGGUACCGACGUGCGAGCUCUCUUCGAGCUCACUCUGGUUGAUCAGGGUACUCAUGGCAAGCACAAGGUCCAUAGCCAUUUCGAUCGCUCUCUGGAAAGCGGGCCCUACACGCUCAAGUAUAGAGGUAGCAUGUGGGGCUACAAACGUUUUUUCAGACGCACUAUGCUUGAGUCAUCGACUUUCCUUAAGGACGAUUGCUUGAAGCUUAAUUGCACUGUUGGUGUUGUGGUUUCUGCAAUAGACAGUUCAAGAUUGCACUCCAUAGAUGUCCCUGAGUCUGAUAUUGGAGCUCAUUUUGGUAUGUUAUUGGAGAAUGAGGAAGGUUCAGAUGUAACUUUCAAUGUGCGUGGCGUAAAGUUUCAUGCUCACAAGCUAGUAUUGGCUGCUCGGUCUCCCGAGUUCGAAAGUGAAUUUCUGAAUGGAAUGGAAGAGGAUAAUCGUGAAAUAGUUGUUGUGGAUAUGGAACCCAAGGUCUUUAAGGCUUUGCUGCACUUCAUUUAUACAGAUAAUCUUAUUGAAGAUGAAGAGUUCUCAGUAACAAGUUCAUCUUGCAUGCCAUCUUUAUCAGACAAAUUAGCUGCAAAGUUGUUAGCUGCAGCAGACAAAUAUGGCUUAGCUAGGCUUGCCCUGAUGUGUGAAUCUGUUCUCUGCAAGGAUGUAUCUGUCAAUUCUGUUGCCAAUAUUCUGGCCUUGGCUGAUCGUUUUUCUGCUAUGGAUCUAAAAUCCGUUUGCCUGAAAUUUGCUGCUGAAAAUCUAGUGGCCGUCAUGGAAACAGAUGGUUUUGAGUUGCUCAAGGAGAACUGCCCACUGUUGCAGUCAGAGCUUUUGAAGACAGUUGCAGGAACUGAGGAGGAACUCAGCGGAGGCGGAAAGAGUCGAAGUGUUUGGGCCCAGUUUUCUGAUGGUGGGGAUACAACUGAUAGGCGUAGACAUAACUGGGAAGAUGUAGGAGAGAGAGGUCAAAGCCUCUGGGUCCAGUCUUCUGAUGGUGGUGAUGCGAGAGGUAUGAGUCCUGGGCAAGAAGGUUGAUAUGGUAAAUGUGCUGAAUUGGUGUUUUCAUUACACAUAUGGAAUGAAAGGGAAUAGAAAACCGUGAUAGGAUUGUACAAAGAGGGAAAAAGAACCCAAAACAAAAACUCGUACUUUGAAAUCUGUAUUCUAUUGUAUGUUGAAUCAGUGAUGAAAUAUGAUGCAGUGGACUGAGUUAUAUAUGUCU